CAUUCUCAUUCCAUAUCCAGUAAUCCACCAUGAAAUCGGUUGUUCUUCUCGCGCUUGCUGGUGCAGCUUCUGCGCAUUAUACCUUUCCCGCUCUCAUAUCCGGAGGGACGACGUCUGCCGAUUGGGAGUAUGUACGUGACUGGACUGGUUCAUACACAUACAACCCCGUCGAGGACGUAUCCUCCCUCAACAUCCGCUGCAAUGUAGACGGUUCGACAAAUUCCGCCGGCACUCUGUCGGUUGCCGCUGGCUCUGAGAUUGGCUUCACUGCAAGCCCCAACAUCUACCACCCUGGCCCGGUUCUGGCAUACUUGGCGAAGGUGCCAUCCGGACAAACCGCUGCAACCUGGGAUGGAAGCGGUGACGUUUGGUUCAAGAUAUAUGAGGAUGGACCAUCGGGACUUGGUACCCAGCUCGUCUGGCCCUCAAACUCGGCUUCAACUGUGGGCUUCACCAUUCCAGCUGCCACACCUGACGGCGAUUACUUGCUCCGCGUGGAGCACAUUGCCCUCCACGUUGCGCAAAGCUCUGGAGCUGCACAAUUCUACCUCUCAUGUGCGCAGAUCACUGUCACUGGCGGUGGAAGUGGAACGCCAGGUCCACUUGUUGCAUUCCCUGGAGCGUAUUCCGCGUCAGACGCAGGAAUCCUCAUCAAUAUCAACUACCCUGUUCCCACAAGUUAUACUCCGCCGGGACCGGCCGUGUGGUCGGGAUAAGGUAGGGAGUAGUAGACAGACACAGAAUAAAUGUAUACACGGGAUAAAUAAACUAGAAGAUAAAUUGAACAAUGGUAC